AUGACUUGGUUUAUGUUUAUUAAUGGAAAUGCCUUUGUGUUGGCUAUCAAUGACAUGAAUCACGUGUUUAGUGGGGGUAACAAUAGUGAGGGACAGUUGGGUAGACAUCCGGAAGAAUUAGAUACUUUUCAUAAAGUAUUUGAUAUGAUAUCAGAAUUGAAUGACAAGAAUAUCACACAAAUAUGUUGUGGUGGUGAACACUCCCUGGCCCUCACCACCAAUGGACAGGUUUCAUUUGCCAUUACUAUCGAGGGUUGGGUAUUCAGUUGGGGUGAGAAUCCGUAUGGUGAAUUGGGGUAUAAACCAAAUGGCAGCAAUUCACUGUCACCCAAAUUGAUCCCAAAUCUUGAUGAUAUCAAAUCAAUCAGUGCAUCAUUUCAUGAGGACAAUGGGUUUACUCAUUACCAAAACCUCUUCGAGGAGUUGUCGCCAAUAGGUUCGGGACGUUUUGGAACAGUAUUUAAAGUGAAGCAUAGAUUCGAUGAACACAUAUAUGCCGUCAAAAGAGUACAGUUUGAGAGUUCUUCUGAUCAUUAUAUGAAUGAAAUUCUGAAUGAAGUGAAGAAUUUAGGGAAAGUGCGGUCAGAAUAUUGUGUCCAGUAUUUCAAUUCAUGGCCCGAAAGCACAUACCUUUACAUUCAAAUGGAGUUCUGUUCACAGAAUUUAAGGAAUAUUCUCGAAAUUAAACCAAAAUUAUUUGACAGAGGAUUAGGAGAAGCCAUGAGUUCUUAUGAGUACUUCAUUUCGUGUGAAAUAUUCCGUCAGAUCUUAGAAAGUGUUCAGUAUUUGCAUGAAUUGAAUCCACAGAUCAUUCACAGUGACCUCAAACCCGACAAUAUAUUGAUUGACGGAAAAGGGAGGAACGUUCACCAGAAAAACAAUAAUAUGUCCACAUGUGAUAAAUACACAACAGGUGUGGGAACACCUAAGUAUCAAGCUCCCGAAAUAGCCCAGGACCUUGAUAAUCAUUUCCACAAAGUCUCCACAAGUUUCUGGCACAACAUGUCUGUCCACAACAUCAACAAAAUGAUAGUCAUUCUUGUCGUGAGUCUAUUGUCAGCGCUAACUGUCCACUCCAGUGACAUCACUAUCGCCCACUUGGCCAAC